ACCUUUUCUCUGUCUCUUACACACCUCCUUCCUUAGCUGUCCGCGAUCAUGCUCGCACCUCACUUCCGCAUCCCCACAAUUACAAUCCCUGCUUCCAGGAAUUACACAGAUCUAAAAAAUGUCACUCCUCCAAUCGCCUCUUGUUCCUUCGUCUACUCUCCAAUUCGAUCGGAUUUACCGACGAAGCGCCGUCUUCGUCCUUCCAGUUCCGUCGUCAUUUCCUGCAAAUCUUCUCCCGGAAGCUUCGGUCCUCAAUUCAUCCCCGGCAACGAUCCCCGCCACGAGUUCGUCGAAGCUUCUCUCCUCAUUUCAGAAACUGCAACGCACCACCGGUUGCUGAGGAAGGGAUUUCAAGAGACGAAAUGGCAGUCUUCUAAGGGAUUGCUUCCCUUUGUCCCGACGAGGGAACCGAGGUCCGAUGUUUCUUCAGUGGGAGAAGGAUUCCUCAGAGGUUUUCGGAGUCCUACGAUCUUUCUAAAGAUUUCUUGUAAUGGACACUUCUUGCUACCGAUUCUUGUAGCAGAGUAUGCUGUUGAAAGUCUUACAGGCACCUUGUUGGGAGAUGAGAAUGGGGAUUCUCCAGAUCAAUUCCAGUUCCUAAAAAGUUGUGUGGAAAAGCUUGGCUAUGAAGUUAAAAUGGUGAGAAUUACUGAAAAAGUGAUGAAUACAUACUUUUCAAAAUUAUACUUUGGCAAGCCAGGGGAAAGUGAUAUUCUAAGUGUAGAUGCACGGGCCUCGGAUGCCAUAAACAUAGCUGACAGGUGCAAGGCUCCCAUUUAUGUAAAUAAGAAAAUUAUCUUGUCAGAUGCUGUUAGAAUAGCCUAUGGAAUGGGCAGAGUGCGUGAUAGAAAGCCUACUUAUGAUGUAUCCCUUGACAGUGCUGCUGAUGGUCCAGAUUUACUAUCUAUUGAACUGGAAUUGGUUAGGAAUGUGGCUUUAGCUAUCAAAGAAGAAAGAUAUGAUGAUGCAGCAAUGUGGAAAGACAAGCUACUUAAGAUUCGCCAUUCACAGGAUGAUGAUUAGGUGACCCUUAAGGAAUAUCCACUCUCCUUUACGUGCUGCAUAAUCUGCAUAUAAGCAUUCCCUUUUUGGGUUUGUAUGACCAACAGAAGGAUAUAUCCUUUUGUUUGGUGGUGGGUCUGGCUACUGUAGUUCAGAACUUUAGAGGAAUUUUAACAUCUGCAGGGAUUGCUUGCUAGGAUCACUCGUCAAAACGCAAGCUGUUCCAUUGGCCUGUACAGAUUAAGGUAGUAUGCCAGGAUCAAUUUGUAUUAUAUGCUUACUGAAAGUUGGCAUGUACAGAUUCAGCUCCGACUCAUAGUGUAGUUUUUGAAGCAUGCAUAUCUUGAUUUGUUCAUAACCAAAAUGUAAUAUAUAUUCUAUUUCCUUAUUGACCGACAAUGGAACAUGUUUGUAACUGUUGUCACAAACACACAUGGAAAAGAGUAUAUUUUUCUUUUUAUUCUAAUAAAUAUUUAUUCUUUCU